CUCAUUGACAGAUCUCCCGUUAGUGAGUUGAGUGGUGUUUCUGCGGUUGCGGGGUUCAAGAUAAUGCGUAGAUCGCAAUAAUCAGUUGUUGUUUGUUUUUUUAUUGACAGCUAGUUGUUUUAACGAGUGAAUGUUUCUCUCUUUGUUUUUUCAACUACGGCUUUCGGUUAGAUAACGAGUUUUUUGAGUUAAAUUUAUAAUUCUUCGAUAAUUCUGCAGCGAAGUGAUGAACUAAAGUUAACGGGAAACUCUAAAUUUUAGAGGACUAAGAAAUUUGAUAGCAGACGUAGUCUCGAUAAAUGCACUUAUCCUAGUUGACCAUUUCGCUGCAGAAUUGUGGGGUUGAUCGCUGUGGCAAUAAAAAUGUGGCUAUUCUGUGGAAGUGCAGUAGAGAAAAGUAACAAAAACAACGUUUUCCGUACUGUUCUUCAUCUUUCCUUAGACGAAGACUGACACUGGUUCUUCCCGAACCUCGCAAAGGUGAAAAUCUCUGCGGAAAAAUAUCGUUCAUGACUACUGCCAUGGGGCUUUUCUAACUUUAUACGCGUAAAAAAAACUCAUGACAUUCGUCCUGAAAAAUACAAUUUUGUUGACCAGCAACUGACACGGAGGAAAAAAAUAAAUCCAGGGAAAAUUUUCAAGUUGGGUGCGUUUCAGCAGCUCUUGGACUUUCUGGCCAACGUUACUGCACGACGAUGAUCUACACAACGAUAUUCUGGAUAUGGAAAUGACCCGAGUUGAAGAGACUCCACACGAGAGACAAAGUGAGACUGCAAAGAAGACGUACUCCGUAGGGGAUGACAAUGAGGAUGAUGGUUAUGCAUGGUCCACGAAGCGGAUUGAGGACUGGAGUCAGGGGGACACGAUAAACUGGCUCAUGUCAGCCGCAUCACAUAUGGGACAGCCCUACUGCUCGAUUCAACAAACUUUGGCUAUGCCUGGAAAAGAACUCACCACUUUGACGAAACGAGAUUUUAUUUUACAUGAUCAGGCUUAUGGAGAGAAGCUCUAUGAACAAUUGCAUUCACAGAGGGUGUCUAAUACAUUGCCAAAAUUUUCAUCCAUUCGAAAAAUCUCAAAGGAUGAUCGCAGAUCCUCGGGAUCGACGACUGUUUCCGGAAAUAACUAAUUUGUCGAGACUUUCUUGGAGAGAUAAAAUUGACGAGAUGGAAAAACUAAUGAGAUUAAACUGACGAAAUUACCUGGCGAGAAUACUGAGGCGAGAUAAAGUUACCAAAUAAGAAACUUUGUGAUAAACGAGAACAGAUUAUUAGGAGAGAAAAAGACUGGAGAGGAAUCAAGGAUACUGUCUACGGCGGGAGGGAGUGUUGAAUGUGGCGCUCUACGCCAGUCUCCUUAUUACCGACAGUGUAGCUGACUGUGUCACCACGGCGCCGUUGCGCCUCUAUGACAUAUAUUCGUACUAUGCAGCACUUGUGCCUCGACCGUUGUCGUGUUACGGGUGCGUU